AUGUGUGAUGUUAUCCUUAAACCUGCAGUUUUUAUCAAUGAUUCUGUUUGUGGUUCGGAUUUUAACUUUCUGCUUCUUGUUUCUCCUGCAGGUUUCAGUCUUAAAGAGGAGACCCUCUAUAAAAGAGUUGGAGAGGACGUCACUUUACCGUGUGAUGUUGAUAGAUCCUCUAACCAAUUCUAUGAUGUUCACUGGUUGUUCUACAGACCUGGAAAACCUCAUUCAGAACAAAUAAGCUGCAAAGAAAAUGUUGUCCAGAGUUCAGUUGGAGCUUCCAGGCUGAGUGUGAGCAGUGACUGCUCUCUGCUCAUCACAAACAUCACUGAUGAAGAUGCUGAUCGAUACGCCUGUCGGCUAGGAGACAAUUACAAAAAUGACACCUAUGUGUUUCUUAAUAUUUUGAGCAUCUCUUCGUCUCCUUCAGAUAUUUAUGGAAGAGUCGACCUAACAUGCUCUUUAAGAGGUUUUUAUAGACCAUAUGCCUGUGAUGUAAACCGCAUCAUCUGGAUGGAUGAGACAGGAUCUCAACUGUUUGGUAAAAAUCCUGAGUUUGAGGUUAAAAAGCAAACAAACUGUGUUUCUGUUCUGACUGUGAAACAUCAGAGUGGAAACAACAAAAGAUUCACCUGCAAGUUGGUUGAAAACAACAAGGUGAAGAUAGAUGCUGUCUACGUUCUUACAGACAUCAGUGGACAAACUAAACAUCUCUAUGAAAGAGUUGGAGAUGACGUCCUUUUACCUUGCAGAACUACAUCCUCCUCUUCCUCAUGUUCUGAUGUUAACUGGCUGUACCAGAAAGAUCCAAAUGCAGCAUCAAGAACAGAAGUAAACAAUGGAAAUGUUGUCCAGAGUUCAGUUGGAGCUUCCAGGCUCAGUGUGAGCAGUGACUGCUCUCUGCUCAUCACAAACAUCACUGAUGAAGAUGCUGGUCGAUAUCUCUGUCAGCUCAGGAACAAGAAUGAGUUAGACGUGUAUCUUAAUACUUUGAGCAUUUCUAAAGAUCCAGCAGAAGUUCAUCCAAGAGGAAAUGGAAGUGUCACAUUACAGUGUUCACUGAAUAGACAUGAUACAACAAUUCCCUGUGAACAGAACAGCAUCAUCUGGGUGGAUGCGACAGGAUCUCACCUGUCUGGUGAAGGUGUUGGGUUUGAGUUUAGAGGACAAACAAACUGUGAUUCUGUUCUGACUGUGAAACAUCAGAGUGGAAACAACAAAGGCUUCACCUGCAAGUUUGUUGAAGAUGAUGAAGUGAAGAUAGAUGCUGUCUAUGUUCUGGACCUUUCAGAUCUUUCUGGUCACAACAUCAUCAUCAUCGUUGGAGCCGUGAUGAAGGUGGUGUUGAUGUUUCUGGGUGUGGUUGUUGCUCUGGUCUACAUGUACAGGAGGAGAACCAAAGGGAAUGAGGACCAGAGAACUAGAACAAGGAGAAGAACUGUAGAUGCUGAUGAAGACGUCCUGUGAAGAAGAGAUUAAGAAAACUCUUCUUAGAACAAGUAAAUAAAAAUGAGAAAACA